AACCAGCCGACUGCGAGCCUGUUGGUUUUGUGAAUCAGAAGAAUGUGAAUCACUCACUUUGAUGGACUGCACUGCAUUGAUCAGCAAUCGUGGAGGAAUGUUGGCUUUUCAUAAUAAACCUACAGGCUAGACCAGAGGCUGGGAGGAAAGGAGACUGUUACCUGCUGCUGCAGCUGUGUCUCUCAUCAGACUGAUGUGAUGGCUCUCCUAUACGGAGUGGGAACCAGAGGCUCGGAAAGAGUGAUUUAGACUCUCUUCUUGGCUGCAGCAUCUUCACGACCCCCCUGGAUGUUCUCUUGAUGUUUUGCUGUGGUCUGGGACACUGGCGGAGAGAACAGUCCUCCUAUGGUUCGGCGGACCGUCAGGACACAGGGGCCACAGAGGAGAAGGAGAAGAAUGCCCAAGUCCAGCUCGAGAAGGCCAAGUAUAAACCAGUUGCUUUCGCUGUGCGCACAAACUUCACCUACUCUCCUGCAGACGAUGACAACGUCCCCAUACCAGGACACGGGGUUUCAUUUGAAGCUAAAGACUUCCUGCAUAUCAAAGAGAAGUUCAACAAUGACUGGUGGAUUGGACGGCCUGUAAAGGAAGGGGGAGAGGUUGGUUUUAUCCCCAGCCCAGUGAACCUGGAGACUAUUCUGAUCAGGAGAGAGGUGCAGGCCAGGAAAGCCGCCAAAGCGCUGGCCAACAAAGCAGCUAGUGCUGCCAAAGAUGAUUUGAAUGCAAAGAAAGCGGCUCCGCCACAAACAGUUCAGCAAGUAAAGAAGAAAUCGGGAGAGCAAUUGGCUGCAUAUGAUGUUGUGCCUUCCAUGCGUCCUGUGGUGCUCAUGGGGCCUUCACUUAAGGGCUAUGAGGUUACGGAUAUGAUGCAAAAAGCUCUGUUUGAUUAUUUAAAACACAGAUUUGAAGGAAGAAUAACUAUCACCCGAGUGACUGCGGAUAUUGCACUUGCCAAGCGGUCGAUCCUCAACAACCCCAGCAAACACGCCAUAAUGGAUCGCUCCAACACCCGCACCAAUUUAGCUCAAAUCCAAGGAGAGGUUGAGAGGAUUUUUGAGUUAGCACGCAGUCUACAGCUUGUGGUUCUGGAUGCUGACACUAUUAACCACCCUCUUCAACUAAGCAAGACCUCCUUGGCCCCGAUCCUGGUGUAUGUCAAGAUUUCAUCACCCAAGGUUCUCACAAGAUUGAUAAAGACCAGGGGCAAAUCUCAGACUAAACAUUUGAAUGUUCAGAUGGUGGCUGCAGACAAACUAGCCCAGUGUCCCAAUGAGAUGUUUGAUGUCAUCUUGGAUGAGAACCAGCUGUCAGAUGCCUGUGAGCACAUUGCUGAUUACCUGGAGGCCUAUUGGAGAGCCACACACCCUCCGGAAAUGGAGCCUCCAAAUCCCAUGCUGGAGAAACUGGCAGAAAACACACUCCCCACCAGCCCCACACCUGCUAAGGAUGAACAGAAAAGCAAGAAAACAGCCGCCACCAAAAGAAAAGGAUCUCUAGAGCACCAGCAGGAGCAUCAGCCCCAAGCUCAGGAGACGAGAGAAGAGGAAGAGGAGGAGGAAGAAGAGGAAGUGCAGGAGGAGGCUGAGGAGGAGGAGAGGCUUCUUCGCAGUGAGCCAAAGAGACACAGUCAUCAUCAUCACCACCACCAUCAUCAUCACAACCGCUCGGGCACCAGCCGACCGCCUGAGACCCAGAACAAACACCAGCAGCACAUACGCCAACCACAGCCCGCCGACAUGGAGCUGCUCCCUGCUAAAAACACUUCAUACGCUUCAGAACCCCGGAGCAGGCGCAUGCUCCCUGGUGAAGGCGACCCGGACCAAACCGAGGUCUACCAAAACAGGACUACAACUCAAAGGGACCAUAAUCACCAACAUCACAACCAUCACCAUCGGCAUCACCACCACCGGCGCGGCACCACAGACGCUCAGCCAGAAUAUUCCCAUCACGGGCAGCAGGAUUAUGAGCUGGAACACAAUGAGCACAACAGGCAACAGAGACCGCAAAGCCAUCUGCGCUCGCACCAUUACACUCAUCCACACCACAAUCACUACCACUACCAGCGGGACAGGGAGAGGGACAGGGGUGUGGAGACGGAGGAGUGGACUGAAGACAUGUACAUUCAUCGCUGAGAUGGACCUGGUUUUUAAUGCUGCUAUGUGAAAUGCUGGCUACUGUGUACUCAGGACAACAUGGUUUCUCUUUCUUUAUUUGUCCUGCCUCUUUCUGGUCAACAUUCAUUUUGAGUCACUCAUUUGUGUAAUUCUGUGUUUAUCUGGCAUUGUAAUGUACUUGUCUUGAUCUCAUGCCUGUGACUACCUUUUUCUAAUGUUUUAUUCGCAUUUGGUCCAGUUCUGAGUAUGUGGUUACAUCUUUUCUCAUUAUUUCUCCUGUUUUUGAUGGUCAAACAGUAUAGACACCUUUUGUGACACUGAUAUGCAAACUGUUCAUGGCAUUUAACUGCUCUGUUCUCACUCACCUUUAUUUAUUGCCCCUGAAAAAGAUAUCUUAACAUUUACAUUUGUUAUGGUUUCUGAUUUUUUUCCCUCAUUGUUUUCGAAAA